AUGAUGCUCCGGCGGUGCGGUUACCGCUUCUUCGUCGUCGUCGUCGCCAUCGUCGUCCUCCUCGUGGUCGCCGCGGCGCUGUCAGAGGCGAGUGGGGGGAACGCGACGUGUCCUUACGACAUCGCGGAGGCGUCGGGGAUGAUCCCGGCGGCGUGCUACGCCAACGCGACCAACGCCGCCGCGUCGGCGGCCACGAGCUGCUGCUGGUUCGUCGUGGGCUCCUACAUCUUCGCGGCGGCGCGCUACGCCAACCUCUCCGGCGCCGCCUUCCUCCCCGCAGCCGACUCCUCCGCCUGCUCCUCCGCCUUCUCCUCCUUCCUCCUCGGCAGCGGCCUCGCCUCCCCCUCCCUCUUCAACGGCUCCUGCGACCUCUCCUCCUCCUCCUCCUCCACCGGCGGCGGCGGAGACCUCGCCGCGGGGGCGCGGCCGUGCCAGUACGCGUCGGUCUCGGAGCUCCGCGCCGCCGCGCCAGCGGCGCUCGACAACGCCACCGCGCUCUGCGCCGGACCCUCCGCCUCCCCCGACCUCGUGGCGGACCAGGCCGGGUGCGCCGCGUGCCAGACCGCCGUGAUCGGCCUCACCUUCGCCCUCCUCGGCGCCGCCGGCCCGAGCGCCGAGCCCGUCCCCUGCGGCAUGGCCGCCACCAUCGGGGUCUGGUCCCGCUCCCGGCCCUCCCUCCCCCGCUUCCGCUCCUACGCCCUCUGCAUGGUGCAGGUCCUCGAGAACGUCAACACCCUCGGCGGGGGCGACUUCGUCCCCUCCCCUCCCCCUCCCCCUACCCCUCCCCAUACCGCCUCCUCCAGGUCCGUCAAGAUCGCCGCCGGAUCCGCCGCCGCGGCCCUGGCCUCCGUGGCGGCGAUCGUCCUCCUCUCCAUCUCCAUCUACAGCGCUCACCGCCGGAGAUCCUCCGUCGCCGACGAUCAGGCCCCGGCGGCCGGGGCGGCGCCGGUCCUCCCGACCGACGGGCUGUACAUCUUCACCGAGGCCGAGCUGCAGCAGGCGACCGAGGGCUACGACGACCGGCUCCUCCUCGGCGAGGGCGGCGCGGGCAAGGUGUACCUCGGGAGGCUCCCCAGCGGGCAGCACGUGGCGAUCAAGCGCAUCUACCGCGACCGCAAGAUCGCCGAGUUCUACCGCGAGGUCGAGAUCCUCGCCAAGCUCCGCCACCGGAACCUCACCACCCUCCUCGGCUACUGCGCCGCCGGCCGCGGCCGCCACGUGGCGCUCGUCUACGAGUACAUGGCGGGCGGGAACCUCUCCCGCGCGCUGUUCGGCGGGGAGCUGGCGUGGCGGCGGCGCCUCCGGAUCGCCGCGGACGUGGCGGAGGGGCUGGUGUACCUCCACGAGUUCCCCGAGGGCGCCGUCGUGCACCGCGACGUCAAGCCCACCAACGUCCUGCUCUCCGCCGCCGCCGCCGACGCCGCCGCGAAGCUGUCGGACUUCGGGGUGUCGAGGAUGGUGCCGCACGAGGGGACCCACGUGUCCACGGAGGUGCGGGGCACGAUGGGCUACGUCGACCCGGAGAGCUUCUGCGUCGGCCACGUGUCGGAGGCCGCCGACGUGUACAGCUUCGGGGUGGUGCUGCUGGAGCUCGUCACGGGGAUGCGCGCGGUGGUCCCCACGCCCUCGGGCGGGGCCGAGUCCAUCGUCCACGCCGCGCACGCCGCGGUCCAGCACUUUCGCGCGGGAUCGGACGGCGCCGACGACGCGGAGGAGGGGGCGGUGGGCUCCAUCGUGGACCCGCGCCUCGGCGCGGGGUGGGACCGCGCGUCCGUGGCCGCGGUGUUCCGCCUCGCCUGCCGCUGCGUGCGCCCGUACAAGAACGAGCGCCCCCGCAUGGCCGAGGUGCUCGCCGCGCUCAAGGCCACGCUCGCGGAUCUCGAGGCGAGGUCCGAAGGCCGCGCCGCCGCCGCCGCCGCAUCGGAGCCGUCCGUCACCGAUGAGUCGUCGUCGUCGUCGUCGUCGGCGCCCUCGGCGUCGCGCACCUCCACGGCCUCGGCGCACGGGUGGUCGUCGUGA